AUGGAGUAUGUUAUCGUCCACACCAACCACCUCACGGAACCCUUCCUCGGCCGUCGGCUGUGCUCAUGCUACUACGAGUCAGUCCCCUCUUCGUGGCCACCUCCCUGGCCGCCUCUAACGAGUCAUUCACCAUCUAAGAAACAUGAGGGCGAGUUCAUUAGCAAGAUUGCCAUCACCCUCCAGGCGCUAGCGAGGCGGGCAUCUCGUCGAGGGACCUGGACCGCGACGGUCGUCCCGUCGAGGGACCUGGACCGCGACGGUCGUCCCGUCGAGGGACCUGGACCGCGACGGUCGUCCCGUCGAGGGACCUGGACCGCGACGGUCGUCCCGUCGAGGGACCUGGACCGCGACGGUCGUCCCGUCGAGGGACCUGGACCGCGACGGUCGUCCCGUCGAGGGACCUGGACCGCGACGGUCGUCCCGUCGAGGGACCUGGACCGCGACGGUCGUCCCGUCGAGGGACCUGGACCGCGACGGUCGUCCCGUCGAGGGACCUGGACCGCGACGGUCGUCCCGUCGAGGGACCUGGACCGCGACGGUCGUCCCGUCGAGGGACCUGGACCGCGACGGUCGUCCCGUCGAGGGACCUGGACCGCGACGGUCGUCCCGUCGAGGGACCUGGACCGCGACGGUCGUCCCGUCGAGGGACCUGGACCGCGACGGUCGUCCCGUCGAGGGACCUGGACCGCGACGGUCGUCCCGUCGAGGGACCUGGACCGCGACGGUCGUCCCGUCGAGGGACCUGGACCGCGACGGUCGUCCCGUCGAGGGACCUGGACCGCGACGGUCGUCCCGUCGAGGGACCUGGACCGCGACGGUCGUCCCGUCGAGGGACCUGGACCGCGACGGUCGUCCCGUCGAGGGACCUGGACCGCGACGGUCGUCCCGUCGAGGGACCUGGACCGCGGCGGUCGUCCCGUCGAGGGACCUGGACCGCGACGGUCGUCCCGUCGAGGGACCUGGACCGCGACGGUCGUCCCGUCGAGGGACCUGGACCGCGACGGUCGUCCCGUCGAGGGACCUGGACCGCGACGGUCGUCCCGUCGAGGGACCUGGACCGCGACGGUCGUCCCGUCGAGGGGCCUGGACCGCGACGGUCGUCCCGUCGAGGGACCUGGACCGCGACGGUCGUCCCGUCGAGGGACCUGGACCGCGACGGUCGUCCCGUCGAGGGACCUGGACCGCGACGGUCGUCCCGUCGAGGGACCUGGACCGCGACGGUCGUCCCGUCGAGGGACCUGGACCGCGACGGUCGUCCCGUCGAGGGACCUGGACCGCGACGGUCGUCCCGUCGAGGGACCUGGACCGCGACGGUCGUCCCGUCGAGGGACCUGGACCGCGACGGUCGUCCCGUCGAGGGGCCUGGACCGCGACGGUCGUCCCGUCGAGGGACCUGGACCGCGACGGUCGUCCCGUCGAGGGACCUGGACCGCGACGGUCGUCCCGUCGAGGGACCUGGACCGCGACGGUCGUCCCGUCGAGGGACCUGGACCGCGACGGUCGUCCCGCCGAGGGACCUGGACCGCGACGGUCGUUCCGUCGGGUGACCUGGACCGCGACGGUCGUCCCGCCGAGGGACCUGGACCGCGACGGUCGUCCCGUCGAGGGACCUGGACCGCGACGGUCGUCCCGUCGGGUGACCUGGACCGCGACGGUCGUCCCGUCGAGGGACCUGGACCGCGACGGUCGUCCCGUCGGGUGACCUGGACCGCGACGGUCGUCCCGUCGAGGGACCUGGACCGCGACGGUCGUCCCGUCGAGGGACCUGGACCGCGACGGUCGUCCCGUCGAGGGACCUGGACCGCGACGGUCGUCCCGUCGAGGGACCUGGACCGCGGCGGUCGUCCCGUCGAGGGACCUGGACCGCGGCGGUCGUCCCGUCGAGGGACCUGGACCGCGGCGGUCGUCCCGUCGAGGGACCUGGACCGCGGCGGUCGUCCCGUCGAGGGACCUGGACCGCGGCGGUCGUCCCGUCGAGGGACCUGGACCGCGGCGGUCGUCCCGUCGAGGGACCUGGACCGCGACGGUCGUCCCGUCGAGGGACCUGGACCGCGACGGUCGUCCCGUCGAGGGACCUGGACCGCGACGGUCGUCCCGUCGAGGGACCUGGACCGCGACGGUCGUCCCGUCGAGGGACCUGGACCGCGGCGGUCGUCCCGUCGAGGGACCUGGACCGCGACGGUCGUCCCGUCGAGGGGCCUGGACCGCGACGGUCGUCCCGUCGAGGGGCCUGGACCGCGACGGUCGUCCCGUCGUGGGACCUGGACCGCGACGGUCGUCCCGUCGCUGGACCGCGACGGUCGUCCCGUCGAGGGGCCUGGACCGCGACGGUCGUCCCGUCGAGGGGCCUGGACCGCGACGGUCGUCCCGUCGAGGGGCCUGGACCGCGACGGUCGUCCCGUCGAGGGGCCUGGACCGCGACGGUCGUCCCGUCGAGGGACCUGGACCGCGACGGGUCGUCCCGUCGAGGGACCUGGACCGCGACGGUCGUCCCGUCGUGGGACCUGGACCGCGACGGGUCGUCCCGUCGAGGGACCUGGACCGCGACGGUCGUCCCGUCGAGGGACCUGGACCGCGACGGUCGUCCCGUCGAGGACACACUAA